CUCCUACCUACGACGGGUAUAAAGCCCCUCCCGGUGGCCGUCUACCACCAGUGCGCGAAGGCACACGGGCGAUAUCGAAAUGGCUUCGUCCAAGUCUAUGGUUCUAGGUUACUGGGAUAUUCGCGGGCUGGCGCACGCCAUCCGCAUGCUCCUGGAGUUCACGGAUACAUCCUAUGAAGAGAAAAGAUACACGUGCGGGGAAGCUCCUGACUAUGAUAAGAGCCAGUGGCUGGAUGUGAAAUUCAAACUAGACCUGGACUUUCCUAACCUGCCCUAUCUCAUGGAUGGUAAGAACAGGCUCACCCAGAGCAAUGCCAUCUUGCGCUACAUCGCCCGCAAGCACAAUAUGUGCGGUGACACUGAAGAGGAAAGGAUUCGAGUGGACAUCAUGGAGAACCAAAUAAUGGAUUUUCGCAUGCAACUGGUACAACUCUGCUACAACCCUGACCACGAAAAGCUGAAGCCUCGGUACUUGGAACAGCUACCCGGACAACUGAAACAGUUCUCCUUGUUCCUGGGGAAAUACUCAUGGUUUGCAGGGGAAAAGCUCACCUUUGUGGAUUUCCUCACCUAUGAUGUCUUAGAUCAGAACCGUAUGUUUGAGCCCAAGUGCCUGGAUGAAUUUCCGAAUCUGAAGGCUUUCAUGUGCCGUUUUGAGGCUUUGGAGAAAAUAGCUACCUACAUGCAGUCUGACCGCUUCCUUAAGAUGCCUGUCAACAACAAGAUGGCCCAGUGGGGCAACAAGAGAAUCUGCUGAGCAGGAGGCAGGCUUGUACUGCUUGUUUUGUUCCAUUCCAUCCGUAGGAUACUUGUACCCGCUCUUUCCUGCUCUUUUCAAUAAAUAGCAUUCAGGCUACUGGUGUCCAGCUUGAUUUCUGUUGGGAAUAAAGGCCAAAGGGGAGUAAGGACAUGUGAAUUCAAUCACUGCAUGCCAGGAGCCAGUGUGAGGAAUCCCGCCCGUGACAAGGUCAUGAGGAAGGAAGCUGACAUACGCAAGGCAUGCUCAGACUUCAGGGGCCCCUCUGGAAAUUCCUAAGCAUUGUACCCCAACAAAAAUCUGCCGGUUUUUGUGCUCUGCUUUUCCACUCUUCUGACAUUCUCUGGAAAAGUCAAUUCAGGGCUUUAGUCUUCUGCAUUUCAAAGAGUGUUUCAAUCCAAAAUCCCCUCUGAUGGCUUUCUAGCCUGCCUGCAGGACUCGUACAGCUGCGCGUGUGAUUGUUUGAGGCCUCCUGACCGCAGGAGGCAUGGGAAGCUUAAAACAUCCUAGGAAUGCAGGCGCUUCCAAAGAGUCAAAAUCUUUAGAAUAGGACUGAUGAAAGGUUUCAUUUGUUGAGCCAAUGCUUGCUGCUAAAUUUUCAUAUCCUUUAUUUUUAGAUAUAGUUGGUAUAUAGAAAAACAAGUAGUAGACCUGGUAUUAGCAACAUUAGAUGUUUGAGUUAAGUACCUUCUUUGUUAUAACCCACUGCGCCUUUGUUCUAUAGAGAUGUAACUUUAGCGCUUUAAGGAGAUAUAGAUUAAAGAAAAACACUUCAGGGGAAACAAAAUUAACAUUCAUUAAGGAAGAGAGCCAAAAAGUGUUAACAAGCCUCUUGGCCAGAAGAUAAUGUAAAUCACCUGAGACCUUUUGUAUACAAAAUGAUGUAUAGAAAGAGUCUAGGCUGCGAACGCUACAUAAUUUUGUGUUACCCAUUGAUCUCCAUGUUUUAUCAAAAAUAUAAAAGGCCUUCUGAACAAUAAAGGAUU